AUGGCACCCCUUGAGGAGAAUGGUGUACUGUGGGUGUUGGGUCCUGUUGAGGAGGGCUGGGCCCGCAUCGGACCGAUAGAUGAUAGUGCGCCGAAGCCCGAAGGCCGCAGCUAUCACGCUAUGACCAGUGAUGGCGUCGACAAGAUUUAUUUGCAUGCUGGCUGUCCCGAGAAAGGCAGACUGAGCGACAUGUGGUCGUUCAGUAUCAGAUGGAGGACUUGGAAGCAGCUUGCUGACGCGCCAGGUCCAGCAAGGGGUGGAGCAUCCAUCGCAUACACCGAAGGGCAAGUAUGGCGCAUGAACGGCUUUGAUGGCAAGGUUGAGCACGGCGGUGCUCUUGAUGUGUACGACUGUGCCGCAGAUGCAUGGCAAACAAUCACUUACGAGGCCGACGGCAAAUCUGGGCCAACGGCACGCAGCGUCUGCAGCCUACUUGCUCUCGAGGUGGGCGGGAAGCCGUCCUUGGUGACGAUGUUUGGUGAAAGUGAUCCGAGCAAUCUGGGCCAUGCGGGUGCAGGAAACAUGCUCGGAGAUGUCUGGCUCUUCGACAUCGCGUCUAAGACAUGGCAGCUUGUUGAGACAUCUGGCCCGACACCGCCUCCGAGAGGGUGGUUUGAUGCAGAUGUUCUGACUGCGAAGCCUUCGAUACUUGUGACAGGAGGCUUGAAGGCCACGAAUGAGCGAUUGGAUGACGCGUGGAUUUUGGCUUUUUGA